GUUGUGAGUUGUAUUUACCUUAACUAGAGCUCUACGUGGUUUGAGCGUGUCAGCAUGCUGGUGAUUCUGCUGAACUGCGUUACGCUCGGCAUGUUCCAGCCCUGCCAAGACCUGGAGUGCAACACUGACAGGUGCAGCAUCCUGCAGGCCUUUGAUGACUUCAUCUUUGCAUUCUUUGCUGUGGAGAUGGUGGUUAAAAUGGUGGCCUUGGGUAUAUUUGGUCCGAAAUGUUACCUUGGUGACACCUGGAACCGCCUUGACCUCUUUAUUGUCAUGGCUGGGAUGUUGGAGUAUUCUUUAGAUGGUCAUAACGUUAGUUUCUCAGCCAUCAGAACCGUGAGGGUUCUCAGACCAUUACGAGCCAUCAACAGAGUUCCCAGUAUGCGAAUCUUGGUGACGUUGCUGUUGGAUACUUUACCGAUGCUAGGAAACGUGUUGCUGCUUUGUUUCUUCGUGUUUUUCAUCUUUGGGAUCGUUGGCGUGCAGCUGUGGGCGGGGCUUCUGCGCAACCGCUGCUUUUUUGACAACAAUGUCAGAAUGCUGUAUAAUGUUUCAGAGUCUGUGAGUGAAUACUACAGACUGGACGAAGCAGAUGACAUCCCCUUCAUUUGCUCCACCACUCGGGAGAACGGAAUGCUACACUGCUCCAACAUCCCGAAACGCAGAGUUGGAGGGGCUGAUUGUGUACUCACGGCUGAUAAUGACACAGAUCUUGUUUUCAAAGAUCCCUCUCAUCAUGGAUGUGUAAACUGGAACUUGUAUUACAACAACUGCAGUGCAAGCGAACACAAUCCGCAUAAUGGGGCUAUCAACUUUGACAACAUUGGAUAUGCUUGGAUUGCUAUCUUUCAGGUCAUCACGUUAGAGGGAUGGGUAGAUAUCAUGUACUAUGUCAUGGAUGCGCAUUCCUUUUACAACUUCAUCUAUUUCAUCUUUCUUAUCAUUGUAGGCUCCUUCUUCAUGAUCAACCUGUGCCUGGUCGUCAUAGCAACACAGUUCUCCGAGACCAAACAACGUGAGAACCAGCUGAUGCAGGAGCAGCGGGCACGUUUCCGUAGUAACGAAUCCACAUUAGCUAGCCUGACCGAACCAGGAUCCUGCUACGAAGAAAUGCUGAAAUACCUCGUCCACAUUUGUCGUAAACUUUGCCGUCACGCCGCACGUUUCUUUGGUGAAUUAUGCCACAAGAGACACAGUGGUGUGGCCAAUCCCAGCAGCUCCCUCUCAGUGGGCGGGACUAAUGGAUAUUGGAGUGACAAUGGGACAAAAAUGAGUCCAACCCAAUACUGUAUGCUGCAUUAUCAUCAUCCUCUUCGGCAUCAACAUUAUAUCAGUAAUGGCAUAGAAAUGAAAACUCUUCAUCUCGAUAGAGAUAAUCAGAGUUCAAAAAAGACUCCAUCACUUCCACUUGCACUACAGAAUUUAAAGGGUUUGAGGCUCGCUAUGAACUAUCCCACCAUCCUGCCCUCUAAAAUAUACACAAACUCACAUACUCGCUCACACUCGACAGGUGGAGUCAAAGCACCGGCUUUCCGUCAUGGACGGAAUGGCAGGAAGAUUUCCGUUUGUAGUGGAUACCAUGAUACUUACAAGUUGCAGCACGGUGUGUUUCCGGGCACAUGCUCGAGUGUGUGUGUGGACAGCAGGGUUGGGCUGGUGUCUUCAGAGUCGUCCUCCUGCCCAAUUUGCGCCCAGGAAGGUGACGGUGUUAAUUGCGACUCCAACACUGAAUCGGACCGAGAGAAACAGGGGCCAGACGUCAGCUCAGAACAGAGCAAAAGAAACCAGGAUGUGGAAGAAAAGGGGUCCGGGCAUGAGAAUUGUGUGUGUAUGUGUGUACAUUAUGCCAGAGCCAUUUUGAUGCGGAUUGUGGACAGCAAGUACUUCAACAGAGGGAUAAUGAUAGCAAUCCUUAUCAAUACACUCAGCAUGGGAGUGGAGUACCAUGAGCAGCCAGAGGAGCUAACAGACGUGUUGGAGAUCAGUAAUAUUGUCUUCACUAGUUUGUUUGCGUUAGAGAUGCUCCUGAAGCUUUUGGCCUACGGUCUAUACGGCUACAUCAGCAACCUUUACAAUAUCUUUGACGGGAUCAUCGUUAUAAUCAGUGUGUGUGAGAUUGUAGGACAAUCGGAUGGAGGGUUUUCGGUUUUGCGGACGUUUCGUUUACUAAGGGUAUUAAAGCUGGUGCGGUUCCUCCCAGCUCUGCGCAGACAGCUGGUGGUACUGAUGAAGACCAUGGACAAUGUGGCCACAUUCUGCAUGCUGCUGAUGCUCUUCAUCUUCAUCUUUAGUAUAUUGGGAAUGCAUCUGUUUGGGUGUAAGUUUACUCUGCGUUUGGAGAAUGGAGACACUGUGUCAGAUAGGAAGAACUUUGACUCACUCCUCUGGGCCAUCGUCACCGUGUUCCAGAUUUUGACCCAGGAGGACUGGAAUGUGGUUCUAUAUAACGGCAUGGCCUCCACCUCCCCCUGGGCGGCUCUGUACUUUGUGGCCUUGAUGACCUUUGGGAAUUACGUCCUCUUCAACUUACUAGUUGCCAUCUUAGUAGAGGGCUUUCAAGCUGAGGGUGAUGCUAGCAGAUCAGACACUGAUGACAUGUCAUCUGACUAUGGUGAUGAGGACAAACUGAGAGAACUACUGAAUUCAGGAUCAGAGAUGAAAAUGCAGACAUUAAUGCCCAUCUCUAAUGGACACCUGGAACCUCGAGCAUCCAUGCCACCUCACAACACACACAUACAGCUCAACGCCACACCCAGAACUGAGGUGUCACACAUCUAUAGCCAAUCACGGCGCAACAGCAACACCUCCACCGAGCCCCAUGACCAAAGAUCCCUGUCCAGCCUUUGGGGAAGUCGCCGCUCCAGCUGGAACAGCCUUGGCCAUGCCCCCAGUCUAAUGAGAUGCGCUCAGUCAGGUGAGCAUGAGUCAUUGCUUUCAGGAGCGGGACAGGACAGCAUGGAUGACAGCCAAUCAGAAGAUGGGAAAUCCAGCAGGACUGGCAGUCUGGGCGGAGUUUCAUGUCUUGGGUCAUUUGAUUAUCCAGAGCUCCUCCAGGUUCCACGCCCAUAUUUGGAGUGUAACGGCAGACUAGAUGGAGGGUAUCCAUCCUCUCCGAACACAACACGUCCUGAUCCACCAUCCACACAGGAGGCGGAUGAUAAUGAAUUUGAGGAGAGCUGGUGUCUGAUUGUGAAGAAACUGUUGGAGCCGUAUAAACCCCAGUGGUGUAGAGACCAUGAGGACAUUUCACUUAACUUACCCCCACAACAAAAUAAUUCAAACCCAACACACCAGACCAUUUAUGCUGUUCACACAGAUCUCUCUCUUGUUCUCUGCAGGUUCCGUAUGCGCUGUCAGAAGGUCAUCACUCAUAAGAUGUUUGAUCAUAUUGUGCUGUUCUUCAUCUUCCUUAACUGCAUCACAAUCGCUCUAGAGAGACCUGACAUCCAGGCUGACAGCACGGAACGGAUUUUUCUUAAAGUGUCUAACUACAUCUUCACUGUGAUCUUUAUGGCUGAGAUGACUGUGAAGGUGGUUUCUCUUGGGCUGUAUGCUGGUCCAGGCUCAUACCUGAAGAGCAGCUGGAAUGUUCUAGAUGGCCUGCUGGUAUUUGUGUCUUUUGUGGACUUCCUGGUCUCUCUCGCCUCCUCUGGUGGGAACAGAAUCUUGGGUAUCUUACGAGUACUUCGACUGCUCAGAACACUAAGACCCUUGAGGGUCAUAAGCAGGGCUCCCGGACUGAAGCUGGUUGUUGAAACCUUGAUCACGUCUCUCAGACCUAUUGGAAAUAUUGUGUUGAUCUGUUGUGCUUUCUUCAUUGUUUUUGGCAUUCUGGGAGUUCAGCUCUUUAAGGGGAAGUUUUAUCAUUGUGAAGGCUUUGAUACUAGAAAUAUCACCAAUAAAUCUGAAUGCCUGCGGGCUAAAUACAGAUGGGUCCGUAGGAAGUACAACUUCGAUAACCUGGGUCAGGCACUGAUGUCAUUAUUCGUCCUGUCAUCUAAAGACGGCUGGGUCAACAUCAUGUACGAUGGCUUAGAUGCAGUGGCUGUGGACCAACAGCCCAUAAGGAAUCAUAAUCCCUGGAUGCUUCUGUACUUCAUCUCCUUCCUGCUGAUCGUCAGCUUCUUCGUGCUGAACAUGUUUGUUGGUGUGGUGGUCGAGAAUUUCCACAAGUGUAGACAAGACCAGGAGGAAGAGGAGGCCAGACAGAGAGAGGAGAAGAGACAGAAGCGCAUGGAAAAAAGACGCAGGAAGGCUCUGCAGAGACCAUACUAUGCAGACUACUCUCCAACACGCCUCUAUAUUCACACAGUCUGCACUAGCCAUUAUCUGGACCUCUUCAUCACCAUCAUCAUCGCCAUUAAUGUGCUCACAAUGUCAAUGGAGCACUACAGACAACCCAAGUAUCUGGAUGAAGGUCUGAAGUACUGUAAUUAUUUCUUCACACUGGUCUUUGUGAUCGAGGCUGUGCUGAAAUUGGUUGCGUUUGGCUUUAGGAGAUUUUUCAAAGAGAGGUGGAAUCAGUUAGACUUGGCAAUUGUUCUUCUCUCCAUUAUGGGCAUCACACUUGAGGAAAUUGACCUGAAUGCCUCACUUCCCAUUAACCCAACCAUCAUUCGCAUAAUGAGGGUGCUGCGCAUCGCCAGAGUGUUGAAGCUGUUGAAGAUGGCCACAGGAAUGAGAUCUCUUCUGGAUACAGUAGUUCAAGCUUUACCGCAGGUUGGUAAUCUGGGUCUGCUAUUUAUGCUGCUGUUCUUCAUCUAUGCGGCGCUGGGAGUUGAACUUUUUGGCAAACUUGAAUGCGCUGAGGAGAAUCCAUGUGAGGGAUUGAGCAGACAUGCAACAUUUCAGAAUUUCGGCAUGGCAUUCCUCACUCUGUUCCGAAUUUCCACUGGAGAUAACUGGAAUGGAAUAAUGAAGGAUACCCUGCGGGAAUGUAAAAAUGACAGAUGCCUGAGUUACCUGCCACUUUUGUCGCCUCUGUACUUUGUGACAUUCGUGCUGAUAGCACAGUUUGUGCUGGUAAAUGUUGUGGUCGCUGUGCUCAUGAAACAUUUAGAGGACAGUAACAAAGAUGCCCGUGAGGAGGCUGAGAUGGAGGCGGAGUUGAAGAAAGAGCUUCAUGGCAGUCGUAGACAAAGCACCGCCUCUGUGGGUGGAGCCACUGGGCUUGAGGUUUCAGCUGUUAAAAUGGAGACUUUCUCACAUGAACAGGGCCAAGACCCCAAUUAUGGCAACUUCCUGACAGUUAGCAGGCCGUCUAUAUCACGGAUGCUGUCCUUACCUAAUGACAGUUACAUGCUCUAUCCUGUUAAACCUGUAUAUGGGUCCAUUCAGGAGAGAUUCUCAAAACAGGACUCUACACUACCAGGCUCCUCUCUCUCACUCGGCACCCAGCCCUUUGAAGAUAGUGCCGUAAUGCAGGUUCCAGGAACUGCAUCUCAGACAUACCUGGCUUCCAUUCCUGCUCCCCACCCUCUAAAUCAAAGAGCAAGAUCUAGCAAUGCCUUCAGAGCCCUGCGGAGACAGCAAGCAAUAAAGAGUGACUCAAUUGAUUCCACAAACGCUGACUCCAGAGACACCUUACACAUCCCAAGCAAGCCCUGCUCCAUUGAUAAUCUUCAUCUCAAAGUACCUAGUGCUCCCCUCACCGGUGGAUCUGCCCCCUGUUCGCCCCAGGCCUCUCCCCCUCCUCCCCUCCGCAACCGGACAGCGAGCGUACAAACAAACAGACAUGUGUACAGCCAGCGCAGCAUCCCCUGUCGUCAGGCCACGUACAAGACGCAAUCUAUAAAACCUCUUGAAAUAACACACGCACAAACCAAACUACAGGAUUCGGAUGUGGUGGUCCGACUCAACAUGAACAUUACCCAAAGAAGAGCCUCUCAGCGUGUGGCACGCAGCCAAAAUUUGUCCCCUAAUGAACUUCCCUUCUGUUCUGAAGCCCAGUCUCAGGACUCAUUGCACGGUGGGGCGGCCCGCCAACCGGGUACCAGCACUCAAAGUCUACGGAAGUACAACAGUAUGGAAAAUAAUGGCUUCCUAUCUCAACUCCACGUCUCUCGGCGUCACUCGACGCACGGAGAAGAGUUACUGCUUCAGCAGCAGCCAAUUUUACCAUCACCUGGACCUUCUCCAAUGCCCAAGAAGGAGAAAAUGAGCCCGCCGUGCAUCUCCAUCGACCCUCCAACUGACGCGGAGCUUCUGUCUCCAGCGGUCAGUCAGGAGUGCAGCACAGUCCUAAGACGGCGGACACCGUCCUUCGAUUCUGCACUACCACGAGAGUCCAUAGAACUACCUGUUAUGCAGGAUGAACCUCUUUUGCCAAGUCAUUUGCCCCUCCCACAAUUCUCUUUUGACCAAUCGGACGUAAGUUCGCUGAGCAGCCUGUCAGAACUGCUUUCGCAUAGUGACCAGUCGACGCACUCCUUUCCUCCUGAGGCCUGUUCGGGGGUCAUGGGAAAUACAGCUCAGAGUCCACUCAGGAAGAAGGUAUUGGUCAGAAUGGCCAGCACUAGGGAUCCAGCAAAUGAGGAUUCGGUUGCCUAGGCAACUGUGCAGGAAGCCACUUAUGCAUUCUGCCUCUUUGCGAAGCAUUUUAAUAACAGGAAGAGGUGGUGUCGGCAAAAGUAUGCAAAUGUGUUUCCGAUGGAACUGAUCUUUUUUGCCUGAUCAUAUUGAUUAGGGAACUUUUAUUAGUGUUCAUCACACAGGUUGAUAUUGUGACGUUUUAUCACAGAAACAUGUUGCAUUGUGGCAUAUGAUUACUGUACAUGAUGGUGCAAAUUUAACCCUCAUAUUUUGUUUGGGGUCUGAAAUGUUGAUAAUUUAAUAGCCCAAAAAAAGUUUAAUUUAAACUUAUUCUGUAAAGCCUGGUAAAAAGAAUAAUAUUUAGAAAAAGAAAAAAAAAGUUUUUUUUGGGG